UCAGCUGCUGUUUGCGAGAUUGAUAGUAACAGAAAAGAAGUAAAAAUUAAGCGCCUCAAUAAUUUCAGCUUUUUUCACAAUUUUGCUUAUGAAAAGGACGGUCUUCGUCUCUCAAAAGCCUAUGGGGUCGGAAAGGGCAAAUUAAUACCAUGGUCAGAGCUUAUCCUUGAGAAGCAUGGCCCUGUUGUGUUAAGGGAAGUUGGGAAUCAUGGUUUCUUUGCCAUAGCACCACGAGCCAUAAAACAAAAUCGCAAUCUCAGCCAAAUUUCGAGCGAUAAUAAAGACAUGCUGUUUCACUGCCCAGAACAAGGAUGCUGCUCUGAGUUCACUUCUUCAGAAGAACUCCAAGAUCAUGUGCACCUCGGGAAGCACAGCGAGAUAGAAGCUUCAGAGAGCCUUUAG